AUGGGAGUCUUUAGUCUUGCCAUUGUGGCAUUAUUCCUCGUCAGGUUUGGUCAAGAAGGACAAGAGCAAACAGGAGACGCUGCCACCCCAACAAUGCCUCACGCUGCUCCAAACAUGAUGAUGGCCUUUAAACACUGUAUCAUGACACAGCAGCAUGAAUAUUACAUUUCUGAGGGAAAAAUGGGCAAAGGUGGGUGUGAGUGGGUUGUGUGUAAGGAGACACAGAAGCGGGAGAAGGAAGAUAUUUACUACCUGGAGCAGCAGCAGCAGCAGCAGCAGCGGCGCCUCCUUGCUGAGAUAAGAAAAAGAAGUGGAGAUAUUAUACAACGACACCUUAGGUGGUUGCAGCAGUGUUGUGCGAGAGGGUGUUGCAGCAGUGUUGUGCGAGAGGGUGUUGCAGCAGUGUUGUGCGAGAGGGUGUUGCAGCAGUGUUGUGCGAGAGGGUGUUGCAGCAGUGUUGUGCGAGAGGGUGUUGCAGCAGUGUUGUGCGAGAGGGUGUUGCAGCAGUGUUGUGCGAGAGGGUGUUGCAGCAGUGUUGUGCGAGAGGGUGUUGCAGCAGUGUUGUGUGAGAGGGUGUUGCAGCAGUGUUGUGCGAGAGGGUGUUGCAGCAGUGUUGUGCGAGAGGGUGUUGCAGCAGUGGACAGUGUUCACAUUCUGCAAGAAGCACCGUCUGUGUACAAGACAGCUGCGACGCUCCCGUCAUCACCAACUGAUGCCCUGGACACAGACAUGGCAUCAGGCAAAAGCAAACUCCUGCUGCUGUUGAUGACUGGGGCCACGUUGGGGGUUACCUGUGCUACUCCUGCUCCAGCACAACCGCCACGCUCAAAACCCCAACAACCUCACAUCAUACUCAUUGUAGCUGACGAUGUUGGAUGGAACGACGUGUCGUGGCACAACCCGCUGGUGGAGACGCCUCAGCUGGAAGCGUUGGCGCGAUCCGGCGUCGUGUUGGAGCAGUCCUAUGUCCAGCAUCUUUGUUCCCCCACCCGCUCUGCUCUCCUGACCGGCCGCUACCCCUUCACUAUCGGCAGACAGGUGGGUUCAGGGGUAAACAGGUGGGUUCAGGGGUAGACAGGUGGGUCCAGG